UUAAAUAUAUUUAGCUCAUGGAAAAAGGAGCUGUCAACUUUAACUAUCAUAUAAUUUUAUGUCAGCGGAUUAGUUGUGGUACUGACAGUCGUAACUAUUGAUAACAGUAGUUUGAGUAAUAAUAAUAACAACAGUAAUAUUAAUAAUAACAAUAAUAUAUAGAGCGUAAAAUAUAAUUAACAGAACAGGGGCGUGAACAAAAACACAAUUGAAUUUGUAACACCGUGAUAUUGAAUGUCAAUUGGUGAUCAAUGACAAACACUUGUAAUCUGGGUAACCUCUACCACAAGGAGUUAUCCGCUGUUCGUCUUACCCACUUACGCUGUUAUUGUAAUUUAAAUUCAAAUUUAAAUUUUCAUUUUAAUUGUCAGUGUAAUUAUUAUUUAAUAACGAGGAUUUAUCACCUCGAACGAUAGUCCGAGUAAUCGCGUGAUGCCAUGAGUGAGGAGGACGAUGGAGAUGAAAGCGAAACAAGGUCUCGUGAGAGACUUGGAUUUAACUCUCCAACCUCGACCGGCACCACGUUACAAAGUCUGGCUUCCUCUGGCAACUCAACAGCUGCGCCUGAGGAGCCUCUAUCAAAUAAUCGGCUACAAUUUGGAGACAGAUAAAAAUUUUGAGACAUGUUGGUUCUACUUUACGCUACAUCGUUCAAGUAUGUCCUCGCCACUGUACACUAGUGAACCAAUUGACCACAUCAGUCCUAAAUGGUCAUCUUUAGAAGUGCCUACUUUACAUGCUACUGGUCUUUCUACUGCCAAUGAAAUAGUUCUACGACUGUGGAGAAGAACAGUAGCCAAUGAUCCAACAACCGACGUGACAGUAUUCACCUGGGGAAUAUCUUUCACAGGUUUAGUUUAUAUGGGACCUAAGCUCUCUAAUAAUUUAGAAUCAAUGCUUCGAAAAAAUUCAUUGAUCUUCCACCUGUACGGUGGAUUUUUUGUACCAUCGUAUUGCCUUCUUCACCCACCAGAGUUCCGCAGGUAUUUAUAUAUGAGUGUAAAUAACUCGGAGAUCUGUGACAGCUAUACCGUAAGCAAACUGAGCAACCUGAGGAACUUGAUGCAGUCGUUGAAGCAACGGACUGAAAGCGCCCAGGCUCUCAGAGACAGAAUAGCAUCGGGAGAGAGUCUCGAGCCGAAGUUCAAGCAGACGACACUGAAUCGGCUGCUUCAGCCGAAGCGAAUGAGCAAGGAGAAGAAGGCUGAGAUUAUAAAGAUACGAAAAGAGCUGGAGAUUGCCAAGUUUAGAACAAAAUUAUUAGAACAAGAGAGAAUAAGAAAAGUUGGGGAGCUAAGGGCGCUGAACCAACGGCAUCUUAGUAUUAUGGAAGAGAAUCAAGAUCUAGGCUCGCUGCUGAUGGAACGUUAUCGUGAGCUCAAUAAAGACAUUGAGCGGCUGCGUGACUGGAGGCAGAGCCACAUACAGAUGCGCGAAUGCUUCGUUCAGACGUCAGCACAACUGGCUUACCGUCGACGUCAACUCAUAUCGGAUUUGAAUUUAAUUUACCCAAUAAGACAAGAGUCCGAGCGCAAGUUUACGAUAAAUAAUGUACAUUUACCAGACAGCGAGGAACUGGAUACCGUCAAUGACAUCCAGUCUGCUGUUGGACUCGGCUUUGUCUGUCAUGCUACUCAAAUAAUUGCCAACAUCCUCAAUGUACCCACGAGAUAUCCGAUUAUUCACAGCGGCUCGCGCAGUAGGAUACUAGACCAUAUUACUGACAAUUAUCCGUCAAAAGACCGGCGGUCGCCGUUGUUCGCGAGGAGUAAAGACAAAGUUCAGUUUAAUUAUGGUGUCUAUCUGCUAAAUAAAAAUAUUGCUCAGCUGAGAUGGUACUGUGGUCUUCCUACUUCCGAUUUACGCACUACCCUGUCUAACUUAGCUUCGCUGAUGAACUUGAAACCUGGACAGUCGUUGGAUAAUUCCAAGAGAACUUUUUCAGGGUCGUCACUGGACACGGACAAUAGCAACGGUAAGCAGCACAACGUAUCGCUGACUCCGCCGUUUCAGAAAAUAAUAAUCGACAAGGAGUUGAAGCUUCUCCAUCGGCCGAUGAGGACAAUAAGUCAGUUUAAAAAUUCUAAAACAACUUUGAGCUCAUCUUUAGAUCAGGGAUUAGACAAACCGACGCCCGCCUUGGUACUGGGUACGGAGACAAAACGAAUUUGUAAGUCUGAAGAAAGUGCUAUUGAUGACAAAACAUUGUCGUUGUUUCGAGACAGGCUGAGUCAUAGCAGCGAGGAGAAUGUUUUUAUGGACGAUAAAGGCAGCAGAGUUUGCAGGAGGUUCAACAAAGAAUCUUUGUCCUCAACUAGAACAAUAGAAACUGAUAUUGAGAUAACGAUACCCACCUCUGUGUGUUGCAAUGCCAAGUAUGAAGACUCAAAUUCCCGGCAGAGGAGUUCUAAUUCUAUAAGCAGCUGUGAAAUGGCUCUGAGCAGCUCGACGACUGAGGUUGAUAGACGCAGUGGUAAUCCAGGUGAUAAAAUAAACGGCGGUGAGUGUCACUCGCUGGUCGAGGUACUCGAGGCCACGUUGAUGCGAUCUGUCAACAAUAGUCUGAGUCAUCAGCACAAUUAUCAGCAGUACCGGCAUACUGAUGACGAGCAUUCAAACAGUGCAAUGUCGAGCGCGAGUUCGAGCUCAGCAUUUGAGAAGACUGAAAACGAGAGGAGCCAGGAGACUCUUACGUACUUCAAUGAUAAGAAAGACGUCAAUGGUUUAGUUGGUGAUAUUAUUAAUAGUAGCGAAACUCUUUCUAGUUCCGCUGUGUCGCUGGAUGACACUGGAACUGGGAACUCAUGUCAGAGGGUACAGACUAGGUCUGAUGUUGCUUCUAGUUGUCCUGAAAGUGCUAAGUCAUUUUACGAUGACAGUGACGUGGUGACACAAAGAAACUGGAGAACUGAGUCCAAUCCUAGCUUGGAGACAUCAGCAGGGUACGAACAAGUAAAAAACAGAGGAACUGUAUCAGUUUCAACGUCUCAAUCUCAGCCAAAUAGAGUACAAGAAGUGAUAAAUGACUAUCGUACGUCUUCAGAAUUGAUAGAUUCAAUACGACGAAGCUCGGAAAAUGUGUUCGCGAGGACCGAGGCGUUAGCAAGUAAAAAAACAAGUUUCAAAGUCAUGAAGCCACGUUCUUAGGUACAUUUUUAAAUGCAUUCACACUAGAAAUGUUUAGUUAAUAAAAUAAUAUUAAUAUUAAAAAAUAUAUAUUUAAUUGUUUUUAUUUUUUAUUUUUAUUUUUAUUUAAAAUUCAAAUUUUAUUUAUUUUACGCAGGUCACUAUGUUUUGAAUUUAUACAUGUUUAUAAUUAAAUUUUAAAAAAUAUAUUUUUACCACGUAAUCACGUGCGAUUAAAUUGUCAACGAGUUUAAAUUUUAUUAAUUCCAUUAUGUACGAAAAUUAGUCAUCAACUUUUUGUAAAUAUAAAUUAUUUUUUCUUGUACAGACACGUGAGAAAUUUAAAACGUGUCUUUAAUUUAUCCUGUUGUAUAAUUAUUGAUAUUUAUUUAUAAAUGAUGAUAAUUAAUAUAAUUAAAACAGUAAUUUUAUUAUUUAUUUUGACUAUUUACAAGCUAUUAAUAUAAUCGGACGUUAUUUUCCUAAUCACUAAUUUUAUAAUUAA